AUGGCGCAGUAUGAAUCCGUAUGUGACGGCAGGGAGGCUGCGUUGAGGCCUUUCACUACUUUUGGUGAUCAUCCCCGCUUUGAUGCUGCGCAGCUGCCAGGGGUAUCGCGACUACUGCACCAUGAGGUGCGGGAGCAGCAGCUGAUGGGCCACCUUCUUCGUCUCAAAGAGCUUCAAGUGGAACUAAUGUUCCUUACGGAGAGGAGCGCACAGUGUCUGCUGACGCAGAGCCGCGCACACAUAGCCGCGCAAAAGCACAAAGAGGCGGCCGCACGCAACCUCGCACUACGACACAGGCUCCAAGAAAUCCUGAGCGCGCAAACAGCCGCAAGCCCUGCGGAGGACGCGCGCUCCACACUGGGGCUGCAGUCUUCUUCUUACGUGUCAUAUACCGACGUUGUUGCCGUGUGUUCGUUAACGGGCAUCUGCUCUGCAAGCGUCAAGGACGUCCACAGCCUACUUAGGAGAUUGAUGCUGCGCAUCGUCGGGGGCAAUUCCGCCUGCUCCACCAUUUCAUCACUGAUGGAAACCUUGUCAUCUUGGCUUCAGUCCAACUACGUUGCCAUUUUCCUUCCGUGUUACGUUCCAAUGACCUUCAUCCUUGCGGCGUCGCAGCUGCAACGCUCUGCGGACGACAAAAUGAGUGAAUCUGCCUUGUACGUGGCACAGCAGGUGCAGCAUCAGCGCGAGCAGCGUAAGCGCGAGCAGCAAGCACGGCAAGCACAGUUACUUAGAGCCAAGGAACGUCUUGAACGAGCAGAGCAGCACGCAUUUUCAGUGCGCAAGCGUAUCUUUCUGCUGUACGAAUGGGUCACAGGAAAGCGACGUUUACCGACUGGACAGCUCCUGAACUCCGUCAUAUGCGCUGAAGUGAUCCAUCGCAUACGAGCAGACCUGGUUGUGGGGGAAAUGGACUUCCUCCUACAACUGGCCGCUAACAAUGGAAGCGCCCUACUCAACACCACAGCACACAACUCGUUCUUACCAUAA